AUGUCCCUUAAUUGGAGGCAAACGUCUUCGACUGUGUUUGAGAACAACCGGGGUACCUUUGAACAGCUGUACUAUUACACUCAAGGAGAAUUCGGCAAACCAGCUCCAUCCAUACUGUUCACUACGGUCAAGUUCACGAACCAUGACGAUCUUGCCUCCGACCAAGUUGAGGCCUCCUUGAGAAGCGCAUGGUCACAGACCAGAGCCAAGGAGCCUCAAAUGGCGGCGCGUCACGGUGAAACAGGCAAGAUUGUUGAGGUAUUUGAAGGCAAAGCUCUCGACGAUUGGCUUUCUGAGACCUUCAUAGUGUCACGAGAAAAGACUCCUGAUGAUAUCUUUCGUGAAAGCGUCUCGCGGCGGUAUCCAACAUUGUUUUAUUUUCCGACCACGAUGGAGCUGACACUUCAGAUCAACCAUGCCUGGGUUGACGGUCGAGGCGCUCUUUUCUUCUGGGAUAUCUUCUUCUCUACCCUGUCCGACCCUAGUGACAGUCUUGUUACUGCUGAAGUUAUAAAGAAGAACCUGCCACUCACGAUGGAUACCAUUCUCGAUGUUCCUCAGGAAAUCUCACCCGACGUGUUGGAGUACGCUCAAAAGUUUCUUCAACGUAUUUCUACCGACAAUGCUAUAUUUACACCUGCUGAUGAUCCGAACGCAUCACUCAAAGGCUUCUUUCGUCGCCAGUGCAAGCUCAGUCCCGAGGUCAGCAGCAAAGUCAUUGCCACUUGCAAGCAGCGAGGGAUGACGGUCACAGCUGCGGUGCAAGUUGCAUUUGGUAUGGCAGUUCAAGAAUAUCAGCAAGAAAAACAAGGCAAAGCAGGUGGCGUGUGGGCCAGUUUUGCCAACAUUGAUGCUCGUCGGUUCUUUGCCAAGGAAUAUUCCGAAGAGCUUCGAAGGGUUGCAUGUCACUGCACUGUCAUUCCACUAUACAUCCCCAUCAAGCCGGACACGUUUGACAAGACAACGGUUGACCUCUCGGAGUACUACAGGAAGGCUCUCGAUCACCCAAAUGCAGAGGGCGCUCUUUGCAUCCCAGCGGCUAUGCCUUUUUACAUGCAAAAGGUGGCCGAGGGCGCAGCCUUCUUCCGAACCCCUCUGCUAACAUCCUUGGGUAUUAUCGAGGAUUUCAUGAGCCGCCAGUUUGGGCAGUGGGAGGUUGAGGACUUUUGGCUUGCCAAUACCAUGAUGCCCCCAUCUAUGCAACUUUUCCUUUGGACUUGGAGGGGCCAGAUUGUGUUUGGAGGGUCGUGGAAUGAGGCUAUGUAUGGUGCAGUUGUGACGGAAACGCUAUUAAAAAGGACUGAGGAAAUUCUUAUGGGGGCUCUGGGGGUAGGCAGUGUUUAA